AUGUUGGAAAAUGUAGCUAGUUUGUCAAUUACAACUGAUAUAUGGACUUCUGACAAUAAUAUAGCUUAUUUAACAGUUACUUGUCAUUUUAUAUUUGAUGAUCGUCUAUAUUCACCUGUCUUGGCAACUAGAGAAAUGCGUGAAUCUCAUACUGGCGUUAACAUAGCUAAUUUGCUUUCAAAUAUUUUAAAUGAAUGGGGCAUUAAAGAUAAAAUAGUGACUAUAGUCUCGGACAACGGAUCUAAUAUUAAAAACGCUAUAAAUGCACACCUUCGUAAACACCACCAUCCAUGUGUCGCACACACACUCAAUUUAAGUACAAACGAAGCAAUUAUGUCGAAUAAAGAUUUCCUGGAUGUUUUAAAAAAAUGUCGCACAUUGGUAGGACAUUUUAAACAUAGUGUCUUUGCGUCUGAAAAACUAAAAGAACUGCAAACACAAAUGGGACUUCUUGUACUAAAAGUAAUACAAGAUGUGAGUACCAGAUGGAAUUCGAGCGUUCAUAUGUUAGAUAGACUUGUAGAAAUUAAAGCACCUUUAUCGGCAGCUAUGACAUUUCUUCCCCGUACACCAGACUUUUUAACUGCAAUAGAUUGGGAAUUAAUAACUGAUUGUCUACCUAUAUUAAAACCAUUUGACAUCAUGACCGUUGAGUUAUCUGGUGAAAUAUAUCCAACACUUUCUUCAGUCAUUCCAUUAGUAAGGGACCUUCAACAUACGUUAAAAAGUAUAAUAACUAAUACAACUGCUGGAAAUGCACUUCAAAAAAUUACAAUUGAUGUCAUCGGUAGACGAUUAGGUAUACUAGAAUGUGAUAAAAUAGUUGCUAAAUCAACCUUUUUAGACCCUAGGUUUAAAAAAGCAGGUUUUGGAUUAAUUGAAAAUGCAAAUAAUACCGAAAAACUGCUUAUCGAAGAACUCUCUUAUAUAUUAAAUAAUAAUCACCAAGAAGAUACAUGUUGUGUACCUAUCAACGUCGAAUCCAAUGUAUUAUGGAAACAAUUUGACACGAAAGUGUCUCAGGUCAGAAGCACUUUAUCAACUGGCAUUACAGCUUCACUUAUAAUACGUCAGUAUUUAGAAAUGCCAUAUUUAAAUCGCAAGCAAAGUCCACUAGAUUUUUGGAAAAAAAACAAAAAUACGUUUCCAGAAUUAUACAUGUUGCAAAUUAAAUAUUUGAGUGUUCCCGCAACAUCUGUUCCGUCAGAACGCGUGUUUUCUAAAGCCGGGCAGAUUACCAACGACCGUAGGAAUAGACUUCACCCAAAAAACUUGGAUUUUAUCAUUUUUUAA